UGGUUGGUAUUUAUUAACUGACUCUGAGCAGCCAGGACGCAGAAGUGAACGCUCAAACUGAGUGCAUCAUCCGAGUCCAAUUCCAGGAGCAAAUCGCAGAACUGCCCGGUUCUCCGCUGGUUGUUCAGACGCUGAUUAAAACGAAUCAGCAUUAAUUUAAUCAGAGCUAUGGCGGGCAAACUAUUCCUGCUGGCACUGCUGAUGCUCCUGGUAAUCCACAUAGAGGCCUCUUCAUCGUCGGAGGAGUCCAACCCCUAUCCGGAGGACUCCCACAAACUGAAACUCUGGUUGACGAUCAGUGCUCGACGCCGCUUCCUGGAGGUGUCAUGGAAAAACGCCCCAGCGCAGAGCGGGGAUUUUGUUUUAUUGACGAAACAGGAUCCUACCAGUUUCGAGAAACUCUUACUGCCACCGGGUACUCCCUUGGCCUCGUUCAACAACGAGGAGGCUAGCGGCUUCGGUGAAGCGUCUGUGGAUUAUGUACCCAUUCAUGGAGUCACUAGUAAACCAGACACACGAAAUUCCGGACAGAGGUUCUGGUCUGCCAAUGGAGGAACCAUACAGAUUGUGGCUGCCAUUCAGCCGAGCGAAGGUAUUUCUUCACAGUGGUUCACCACAGGCGUGCCCUUUGAUUACGCUCUGUCCCAAAAUGUCACUGUGGAGACUGCGUGCUAUGGCUUUUGGGCUAGCUAUAUCGAUGAAGAGGGGCGCAUCUUGGCCAAGACCUGUCUUCGAGCUUAUCCCCGCUGGAUGAACGAGCUGAAAUCUUUGAUUGGUGAGAUGCGCCUGCGAGAUCUCUUCCUUCCGGGCACCCAUGACUCCGGCUCUUAUCGACCCGAUUUCGAUCCUUUGCUGAAGGAGAGCCUAGUGACGAAGUACGCCUUAUGCCAGGACGAUGACAUCAGGGGCCAACUUAUGCACGGUGUGAGGUAUCUGGAUAUUCGCGUAGGCUACUACCGCAACUCUGAAGAGAAGUUUUUCAUUUAUCACGGAAUAACCAAGCAGCGACCACUACAGGAAGUAAUCAAUCAGGUCAGAGAUUUUGUUCUGGAGACAAAUGAGAUAGUCAUCUUCGGUCUUAAGGAGUUUCCAGUGGGUUUUGGAAAAGGCUUGAAUGUGCAUCAUCUGCUGGUCAGCUACUUGCGCGAACAAUUCGAGGGUCUGAUAGCCCAUCCCUCCUUGACCUGGCGAGCCACCUUGCGUGACAUUUGGAACAGGAAACAGAACGUAUUCCUGGCCUAUGACCGACAAGUCAUUGUGGACGAAUACCCCCAACUGCUGUACGGAUCCGUGGAGCAGCGUUGGGGCAACGUACAGACAUGGCCCCGUUUGGAACAGUAUUUGCGCAACAUAAAUGAUUUUGAUGUGUCGCGGUUUACGAGUCGCCCGGUGGCCGAUAUGGCUGAGCUAACCCCUGAGACCUGGGACGUUAUUUUGGACAAGCACGGCGGACUGCGAAAGAUGGCCGAUAACAUAAACUGGCGGAUCUCUAACCUGUAUCGGGACGAGCUCGGCGUGAAUGCCAAUAUCGUGGCAGCAGACUUUAUCCGAGGCACCACCCUGGUGGACACUGCCAUACAAUAUAAUCGCCGCAAGAUCUACGCCUAAAUAGAAUCUAUCUGUCAGAGUUUGUCAGAAUUGUGUGUAAAAAAAACAAAAUCAUAUAAUGAAAUAAUAUUAAACCGAUAAUCUUUAGGGCCAUAGAACGCGCAUCCAAUAUUUAAAGUAGAACAUUAUAGUUUGCAAUUAAUACAUUUAAUUUUCUAAGCGGUUACGUUAAAUAUCCAUAUAUGUAUUUGUUGCUUAUUAUACUGCUAUUUUUUUAGCUUCCCUAAACAUGUCA